AUGGCUACUAGUGCUACACAUUCAGGCCAAGAGCCGCCCUCAGGCAUCCAGGGCAAAGGGACAUUAGACGAACCGUACGACCAAGGAAAUGCACCAGAGAAUACCGCUAUGCGAUCAGACCAAGAACCUUUGUCAGGCGUCCAGGGGAAAGGCACAGCGACAGAGCCGUACGAUCAAGGGAAUGCAGGAGAGAGCACUACAUCUUCGCAGCCGACGAAUGCCCCUGCCUCAAGCGCUUCGACGGCGCAGAAGACCGCCUCAACCAAACCUGCAGAGGCACGAACCGGUGCAUUGAAUGCCCCGACAAGACGCCAUGCUGAAGAGCGGGAUGUGAGCCCCGGCACAUUACCGGAUGGGUCUCACGCACAAACAAGUGGCGAUCGUGGGGAGAGCUACGCGCCAUCGAAGGGACUCAACAGACUCAAGGGCAAGCUGGGUCUUGGAAAACACUAG